GUGGACGCCUGGGAAGCGCUUGAGAUGGCCUUCGGCUCUUGCAUCGCGCACAUCGGGUACGGCCCCCGCCAUGGCGCGCAACUUCGAUCUCCUCUUUGACUCUCUGGGGCACUGCGGCAGAUAUCAGGCAUGGGUUUAUUUGGUAGCUGCAUUUCAGGCUAUCUCUUGUGGCAUCCACUACUUGGCUUCUGUUUUCUUGGCUGUUACACCAAAAUUUGUAUGUGGUGUCCUUGGAAAUGUGAGCAGUGUCCUCGUUUACAAUUCAUCUGUUUCAAGAAUGGAGGAUGCCUGGACACUGUGGACAUCAACAGAAAGUUAUAUAUUGGUCCUCCUGGAAAAUGGCGAAGUUUGGGAACUUAAUCAGUGCAGCAGGUCCAGACGAGUGGAUGUGCUGGAUUUCACUUACAAAUACAGUGGCAAUAGUACUGAUUUUACAUGUACUGAUGGAUUCAUCUAUGACCAGACCAAAUGGCAGAGCACCAUUGUCACAGAGUGGGAUUUAGUCUGUCAGCGGGAAUGGCUUGCAAAACUAACACAGCCGACAUUCAUGCUGGGAGUCCUUUUCGGAGCUGUGAUUUUUGGAGACAUAGCUGACAGAAUGGGAAGACGAAACGUAAUGUGGUUUACAAGCACUGGGCAGUUUUUAUUUGGUGUAGCAGUGGCCUUCACAUUUGACUACUACAGUUUUGUAAUUGUCCGUUUCCUCCUUGCAAUGGUCUCAAGCGGUUAUCUGGUUGUGGUGUUUGUUUAUGUGACUGAAUAUGUUGGCAUAAAAUAUCGCACGUGGGCAUCCAUGCAUAUCCAUGCAUUUUUUGCUGUGGGGAUUAUGGUUGUGGCCCUAGUAGGCUAUUUGUCUAAGACCUGGUGGGUCUACCAGAUAUGCCUUUCCUUAACAACUCUCCCCUUUGUCUUGUGCUGCUGGAUGCUCCCAGAGACGCCCUUCUGGCUGCUCACAGAAGGAAGAAAUGAAGAAGCCCAAAAAGUAAUUAAUGUAAUGGCCAGGUGGAAUAAAGUAAGCACUCCUUGUAAAAUUUCUGAACUGUUUUCCCUUGAAGGCGACCUAGUCAAUAGCACAACGGGUGAUAAUGACCAUUCUCCCAUGAAGAAGCACAACAUCUUAGACCUGUUCUGUAACUGGCACAUUGCAAGAAGGACCAUUACAGUUUGGCUGGUUUGGUUCACUGGGAGUUUAGGAUAUUAUGUGUUCUCCCUCAGUUCCGUGAACCUUGGAGGCAAUGAAUAUUUAAAUCUUUUCCUCAUAGGUGCUGUGGAAAUUCCUGCAUACAUCAUUGCUUGCAUAGGAAUGGACAGACUGGGAAGACGAAAUACGUUGAUCCCCUUCCUCAUAUCAAGUGCUGCGAUCUGUGCACUGUUAAUGUUGAUACCUCAGGAUUUCAGAAUACUAAAUAUCAUAGCAAAUAUGGUUGGGAAGUUUGCAAUAGGUGUUGCAUUUGGCCUUAUUUACCUCUACACAGCAGAGCUUUAUCCAACAGUUGUAAGGUCUCUUGCCGUUGGAAGUGGGAGCAUGAUGUGCCGUGUAGGAAGUGUGGUGGCACCGUUCUGUGUCUAUCUGUCAAGUGUUUGGAUUUUUAUGCCACAGAUGAUUGUUGGAAUCAUGGCCUUUCUCAGUGGAUUGUUAACAUUGAUGCUGCCAGAAACUCUUGGAAAACCACUGACAAAUACUUGGGCAGAAGCUAUAGAACUAGGCACCAGCACCAGCAACACAGAAAACCCUUCUCCGGCACUGAGUAGUAGCACAUCGGAAAAGAUUCAGAUGCAGAGCCCAGAGACACAUGAAUAAGGGUGCUGUUUUCAUCUUAGAUGCCAUAUAUUGUAUUGUGCUCCUUUAUUAGCACUGUCCAACAUCAUGGAUAAUACAUGUGCUGCUCUCUAUAUACUCUCUUGCUAUAAGAAGAAAGGAGACCAAAACAGAGACCUGUAGAAAACAUUUGGAAGCUGCUCUGAAGCAUCUUGUUAACAUUUGGAGUGAAUAAUGCUUAUUUUAAAAGGUAUUUUUGUGAGAUUCAUAGAAAAAUACUUAACACUUUUAUCUUUUAUAUCCUUCUGCCUUCUUUGCCCCCUCAUUUAGAAAUCCUGCGCUGACAACAAGGGCAGGAUUGUGAGUUGAUACCUCCAUGUGCUUGAAGCAUUGAGGCAGUUCUUGUAGAGCAGAGGAAAAAGCUAUCAUAAUUGGGCAGUGAUUUUUUAGUAAGCAAUAGGUACAGAAUAAGGCUUUUGUCUCAUUGCUUGGAGGCAUGAUUAUUUAAGAAGUUGGGCUACAACUUCUGAUGGAAACCUAUGUCUGCGGGGUGUGCAUAUGCUAUUCAUGCUCUUUGAAUAUUAGAGAAGAUAUUCUGUUACUGAAACAGAAUGUUGACUGUACACUGGUCAUAGCUGUAUAUGCUUAGCACAGGUAAAAUGACUGUCUUAAAAGAUUUCACACUAGUCUUCUCUUCCUCUCCUUUCAUUACACUCAAAAUCUUAAAACAAUUUAUACAGGUUGAAGAUGCAGCUCUGCCAAUCUUGGAGGUGGCAUGAAAAUGCUUAUUAAUAAAUUUGCAGACAUUCCUUGA